GGGUAGCUAUGUGGGCUAUUUGCUGUCCAGGGAGGUAUACAUACAGGACUUUCCGGGGCAUACAAGGUGUACGAGGAAUGGGCAAUAUACGAAUUCACAUCAUGCAUCGGGUCAGCACAAUCAUGUUUUAUGGAAUCUCGGCCUUGACCUCGAAAUGCCGAAUUCUUGACCUGAGAGGACUGGAGACUUCAAAAGGUGCUGUAAGUGACGCAAAGAGCAAGUGAUUCGUCCCAUUGAACAUAUGUGGGGCAAUUGAGCACGGGCCCAGGGGAAGCUCCCCCAUGCAUUGGCGGCUGUUUCGUCAACUCAACUUCGAUUAUCUUUCCCACCAAGCUUCCCGAAAAGCACAAGCCAGAACACAAGCUGUACCCGAACGCGCGACGGCCCUAGCAACCCCAGAACCAGCAAUGUCGACCGUCCCCGCCGAGCCGCCCGCGCCGCCGGCGUCGUCGACGUCCAAGACGGACGAGGCGGGCGAGCCCAAGUACGGCGGCUACACGCGCUUCGAGCUCGAGCUCGAGUUCGUGCAGUCGCUGGGCAACCCCGUGUACCUCAACCACCUGGCGGCGCAGAAGCUGCUGUCGCAGCCGGCCUUUGUGGCCUACCUCGAGUACCUGCAGUACUGGACGCGCCCGCCCUAUGUCAAGUACCUGACGUACCCGGGCCCCACGCUCCGCAACCUCGAGCUGCUACAGCAGGAGCGCUUCCGCCAGGACAUCAUCAGCCCGGACCUGGUGCACGGCAUGAUCCAGGGCGGCAUGCGCGCCGCCGUCGAGUGGCACAAGAAGACUUGACGGGGGACGAGAGGCCGUGCGGUUGACGAGGCACCGUGUCUGUCUGUCUGCCGUUGCACGAAUAUCAUCCAUAUCAUUAGACUACGAGAUCGUUAUUUUUGCCCGAUUCGCCAAGUCGCCGUCGAUAUUUACUCAAAAAAAAAGCCCCGGCCGCGACAUCGCAAACAAACAAGCCGGACCAUACCGAACGCCCCGUCCCCGUUGCCCCAAGAACAGCAAUCACGAAUGCAGACAAUAACAAGGCCGGCUCAGUUCUCACGCCACCGAUGGCCACAGGCCAUGCACUACCAUCAAGAAUCAGCAAGAGCUCGCCCCCCCAGACCCCCGCCACACCAUCAAAGCCAGAGAGAACAUACCUUGAAGAAGCUCGUCAUGGGCUCGUCGGCGCUGCGGAUCUGGACCUGGAAGAAGGCGGCCUCGUCGCCGUCGCAGCCGUCGGCGGGGCACUGGACCUUUGCCUUUUGGGCGUUGUCCCAGGCGCCGGGCCCGCCAAAGACGUCCUCGCGCUCCUUGCGCACAAAGUCCUUGCGGCUGAAGAGCGGCUCCGAGAUGGCGAACUCGUAGGGGCACGUGCGGCACUCGAGCCGGUUCUUGCCCGUGUCCAUGGGCGAGACGGUCAGGACGUUUGCGCAGUUGGGGCAGACUUGGGGGUUGGGGAGCGUAUGUUAGCGGUCGAGUUGUUAGGGAAGGACGGCGAGGGGGAAGAUCGUACACAGCAGCAUGUUGGUGGCGGGGGUCGAGUUGUAUAAAAACAAUAGGAUUUUUUUUCUGCUUCAGGCGUUGUCUUCCUAGCGACCAAUUUAGCAACCCGAACCCGUCCCUUUUCUGCAGCUCCGCCUAGAAUUUUAUGCGGCGCGUCGCGAACUCUGCUCGGGUUGGAAGCGGUUGCAAACGGCAAUGCGUCACUAGCCGCCGACAAAUUCUCUGGGUGCCAGUGCACGUGCCUCGCCCGCCCACUCACAGCUGAGCAGGAGCUGAGGCUUUGAGCUGUUGUAGCACCCUCCACGAAACCCCGCCAUCCCACCCGCGCCAAACCCCUGAC